AUGAGCUUCAACUUACUUGCUGUCAAGAUGGUCAUUGGUGUUACUUUUGUGAUAAUGAGCCUCCUUUUCUCUCAAGCAAAAGGACUGGAGUGCAUCACGUGCGUUAGUGCGAGUGGAUCUUGCACUGGAUCAUCGCUGCAGUGCCCCUCAGUUCUUGGCUCAUGUGCCAGCAUCACAGUUGCCUCGUUCGUAGGGAAUUCAAAGAUAGCUGAAGCAAAUGCCAAAAGCUGCUUCCCCAAUGAUCAGUGUGUCAAUGGUUCCCUGAACUCAGGAAGUGUAAGGCUAACUAUCAGCACCUUGUGCUGUAACACAGACAACUGCAACACCGGAGCACCAGCAGCUGUAGUAAACAACAUGGCCAACAGGAGGCAGUGUUUCACCUGUGGCUUGACAAACUGCUCAUCGACACUUCAGUGUCUCGGAAAUGAAGAUCGAUGUUUCACAGCAUCAGUGGACAUAGCAGGACAGAGCACCACUGUAAAGGGCUGUGCCACCCGUGCUGUCUGCUCUGGAGUCUUCGCGUCCCAGCUGGCAAUGCCGGGGGACGUAUCCUGCUGUGAGGGGAAUCUGUGUAAUAGCGCCUGGAGUGCUGGCCACAGCGUCCUGCUCCUGUUCUGGCCUCUGGUUUCUGCUCUGCUCUUAUACUGAGCUGGCUGCAACUCGGGGUGACUCCUCUGCAGUUUUUUUUUUUUUAGCACAACUUACUUACUCUCAAUUGAACACCUCUCUAUAUGUAAGCGAGGAGCAAAUAAACAAAGCUUUGUUUUCA